UAUCCGGGAACUUCUCUGUCACCAGCCGGUGGGAGAAGCUGCUGCGUUUCCGUCAGGACUCCUUUUGCUGUGGCACCCACUCCGCCUCCUUCUCCUCCACCUUCAGCCCCCCCUCCCCCUGGCAGAGCUAGGUAGAAAUCCCCCCUCCCCUCCCCUCCCACCCACUCCCUGCCGAGCUCUUCCCUUCCCUCCUGCAAUGUCCCCCCGCUCGUUUCAUCCUUUUCGGCCUCUUCCUUUUAGGGAACUGAGGAGGAUCUUGAGGCUGAGCGGGGUGGAGGGAAGGGGGCGAGAGGCACCCUGACCUGGAUAGCUCCCACUGUUGCUCUUUUGGCGAGGGGGUGCAGCAGGCUCAUCCUAAAUUUGCAUCGGUUUAGGAUUAAAGACCCUUCCAUGGGUGGGAAGUGGAGGGGGAUGGGGGCUGCCAACUUCAUCAGACCCCAGGGGCAAAUCUCCAGCAUGGAUCUUUUUACCCUUGUCAGGAUGCGUAGGCAUAGCUUGCUGCCAGCUGUGCCCACUGGAUGGAUGCCACCUCUUCUGAACUGUUUCUUCCCUUGCUGAGCCUUGGGCGACUUCACAGCUUCUUGGAUUGGUACUUAAUUAGCCUGGUUCUGUCUGCUGCACCUGGGGUACUAAGGUGGCAUUCUUCGUCCCUUUCCUUCAUCCUGGUAAUGUGGGACUGGGGGGGGGUGCUCUCUGCCAGUCGCAGCCUGACACAUAGCCUGGAUUGUUACUGCAAACUGCAUUGCUUGGACCUCUGCAGACCACCAACUGAUAUUGCUGCCUUGGAUUGAUAGGAUUUCUCCACUGGGAUGUUACCGUUUCCUUUACUCAGCCCUCCAGGAUGGUAGCAAAGGGCAUAUUUUGUUGCCCACCCACCUUGGCAUGAAACUUUGAUGCAGAAAUGAGAGUUCAGAUGUACACUUAGGGACGUCAUCCAAGCAGGACUUGGCAGUUCAUCCCAAGGAAAUAUUUCUAAGGAGAUCCUUAUGGAGCUGCAAAGACAUUCCAAGUCUACAGGGAAUCCCUGUAGACCAGCCGAAACCAUGGAACGCCCCCACCUGCAAGACCCCACAACUAACAUGGGGCACAUCAAGCUGGAGCUGGAGGAAGAGGGAGGAAAUAUCCAAAUACCACCUCCUAAACUGUCUCGCCCACCAGUGCCUUCUCCUGCCGGUGCCCUUCUUCAGGGUUUGAAUGGGCUGCCCACAGCUGGCAAACGGGCCCAUGUUCCUGUCGGGACAACUAGCAUAGAACAAGGAGAAACUUCUCGACUGGGGCGCUACUUGCUGAUUGACAGCCAGGGGCUGCCAUACACGGUACUGGUUGAAGAGGGGGUAGGGACAACAGGGGCAACCACAGGAGGUGCAGAUGGUGGAGGGAGUGGAGGGCCCUUGCGCAAGGUGUACUGCUGUCCAGUGUGUUCACGAACAUUUGAGUACCUGUCUUACCUGCAGCGCCACAGCAUUACCCACUCAGAAAGCAAGCCACAUGUUUGCAGAGCCUGUGGCAAGGCCUUCAAACGCACAUCCCACUUGGAGCGCCACAAAUAUACCCACUCUGGCCGUAAGCCCCAUCAAUGCCCCAUCUGCCAGCGUAGCUUCCGUGACUCUGGGGAGCUCUUGCAUCAUCAGCGAGUGCACACAGGCGAGCGGCCCUACCAGUGUGAAGCAUGCUAUAUGCGCUUUGGUGAGCGCAACACUCUCCAGAGGCACAUCCGCCGGAAGCAUCGUCUACAGCUCCUCCCUACACCAUAGAGACUGGCCUUCUGGGACCUACCUGUGUCACAAUCAUGGAGACCUGCUGCCUGCCAAGACCUUAAGAAUCUAAUUUCUGGGACUUGCUAGCAUCCAGGCAUGCUAUGGCAAUCCUGGCCUCGUUUUAUGGAACUGGUACUUCCACAUCUGCCACUUAACAGCUUACUGUUCCAUGGAAAAAAUUGAAUAGAGAAUCUUGCCCUCAAAUGCCUGAAAUGCAUUGGAAAUGCAUGGGAAAGCCAGCUUGCUGAGACCUAACAUGGACAUUGCCUGCUUUCUCAUGCUGCAAGGACCUGGCCUUCCAGCUCUGUAGAUACCCUCAUUUGUCAUGCCAGUCUGGGCUCCUAAUGAACUGGCCGGGAGAGCUAUUCCCUCCUGCUUCCCCCUGGUGACCACUGCCCCUGUAGGUCAGUUGCAUCCACCAUGAAUACGCUGGCCUCUGUAACAGAGAGCAUGGCCCACUAGCAUCCAGCAUUGGCCAAUACUUUGACUGUGUGGCAGGCAGAACCCAGCCCACUUGACCCAAACCUUGCACUUACGGGCAGGCGCUGUCCCCACCAUGUAUGCCUGAAGGACAUGUUGUCAUGAAGUCUGUAGUCUGGCAACGCACAUCUACCCGUUCAUUUACCUGGCCUUGAAGUGGCAGCCCUCUGCUAAGGGUUACCCUACAUCCCUUUCAGGUGCGCAUUGGCCCAGAAACAGCAUGGAGACCUCAUUCUGGCCAAAGAAACUUGGGCCUGCCCAUUUCAUAAAAAUAUGCUUCACAAAUAUGGAAAAGUGUCAGCUUCUGUUGGUUUGGGGGAAAUGAACUGGAGGGGGAAGCCAAGGAAAUGCCUUCCUCUGCAAUUACCGACUACAGAUUUGAAUUCAGUUUUCAGAAUUCUGAACCCCUUGCGGAAGUCUCAUUUGAAGAACUGGGUGCCAGCCUGGCAUAGAAUCCUACCCCCAACUCACCUGUGCCCAAACUUGCUUCCCACCCUACAUCCGCAGUCACAAACAGAGGGGUAGCUGUUUCAUUAUGUCCAGUGGCACCUUAAAAAUAUAUUCCAGCAUAAGCUUAGCUCAGCCAAAGCAUAUGUUGUCAGAUGCCUGGCAUGAGAUGAUGUGAGCUCUGACUCAUGAAAGCUUCUGCUGGGAUGGUCUUCCAUAUUAAACAGAUGAAGGAGUAGUAAGAGGAGCCAUUUAGCUGUAAGAGAUUCUGGUUCUGAUUUUUUUUAAAAGCAAUUAGGGAGCAGUGGUACUGAGGGACAUAAUAUGGGGUAUUCCUUUGCACUUUGUCCUUUAAUCUCUUAUUUCCAAAUCCUCCAGACAUUUCCAGUUAAAAAGAAAAAGAGCUGGCAGUUCUACAUUUCUUCUAAAAUAUACUGUUAAUCGAGCUGUGGCUAAGACCCACUCUUCCUGCCAGGCCUUGUUUCCUUCUGCCUUUGAUCAGACACUGAGAGUUUUCCAGACAGUUGUGAGUCAGGCACAUUGAAACCCCAGUUGUGCGGCAGAAGGAUAUUUUGCGCUUCAUGCCUGACUUUUGGCUUGUGGGGUAUACGCAAUAAGACUGUAGUGGCUUCCUACAAUAGAUCAUGCACUUAGGAUGUCUGUUUCCUUAACCAGGGGAAAUAAGUGGGGGAGCCUGAACCACAGCAUGUGUUCCAAGGUGCCAGAGAGACUGAUACAUCCAAAGUUUGCCAGGGAGAUCCCUGGGUCAUCUUUUCUCCACUUCAUAUUUAGCGUGGAGUCUUUGAUCUGUGUGUGUCCUUUUUUAAUUAAACAUAAUUCUCGGGUUUUGGUUCAUCUUUGUGUGUUUGUUAUAAAGUGACGCUAUAUUACUUCCCAUCUUGUAGAAGCGUUGAUAGGAAGUGAACCCUCUGAUGCUGAGAUUGAGAAGAGUGCCUUUCGUAUAUGUGACUUUUAAAAAUGCAACAAAGGUUUUUAUCAAGAUAUGGGAGAUCAGCGGUUUGCUUUGACCAUGGUGAGAAGAGGGCGAGAAAGGGAAGAAGUUUGAUUGUAGGGGGAGGGGGGAUGGAUAUACACUGGACUCGUCAUUUUAUGCACCAAAAUUUUUAAAAAUCCAAAUAU